AUGGCGAUCGCCAUUAACCCCGAUGUCCGCGAGCUGGACUUCAGCGACAACGUCAAGGUCUCGAAGUUCAUGCAGGACUUCUCGGACUUCAGGGCGAAGAAGUGGAUCACCUACAGGCCAGUGAACGCGCCCAGCGAGAGCGAGCCCUUCUUCGGGGGGACGAGACAGUUCAUUAUCAACAUGGGCACGGGUCACAUCCUCGACACAAUGUAUUCUGGGCUCUGGUUUGAACUUUACUUCCAGAAUAAUAGUGAUGUGGUGUUGUGGCCUAUACAGGCUUCUCUUCCUCGCACUUCUUCAGCUUGGAUCGAGUCGGUGACGUUCCAGCAUUCGAAGGUGGCAGCCCACAUAGAUGAACGCCUCUGCGAUUACAACGCUGUCAGCACCAUCUUUAUUCCCGCGAAAGACAUCCUCAGUAUGAGGCAGACCUUUUUCACUACGGCAAAUCAGCAGUUUGCAGACAAUAAUAUGUUCAAUGAUGCCGUAGCCGAUGAUAUAUAUGGCAAGCUUAUGCCUGUAGGCUCGUUGACUACUUCUCGCAUAUCCCAACAAACCUUUUCUUUCUUCAUCCCGCUUCGUUAUUUAUCAACCAUCUUCAAUUCAGGCAGAUACUUCUUCCCAAGCCUGCUUCGCGGUAAUGGUGAGAUGACUCUAUCUAUUCGCUCUGUUGCUGCGUCUCUUUCAGAGGUGUUUGGUGGUUCUCGCAGUUCUAUGGCCAUUUAUAUGAAUCCUAAUUUAAAUGAUUACCUUUGGUCAACUGCCGCUUCUGACAAAAAGAUUAACUGGGAUGUUUGUAUGUAUAAUAUGAAGUUAGUUACGCUCUGUCUCGAUAACGCUUUUCUUACCAAAGAGUACAACGCCUUCAUUGCCAGCGGCCGCAAAUUUAUUCGCUCUUUCAAAGCCUAUAACUACCAGUUCUACCAGGUCAAGCAGGGUUAUAAUCGAAUUGAGAUAGCGAACACCCAUCAGUCGAUAUCGCACAUUGUUCUUGCGUUCCAGGUGCCGUAUUCUGUACGCGUCGAUGGUCGAGCUAUUUCGAUGAUGGAUAAUCAGUCAUUUGGUAUUCAGAAAACAACAGCGGGCACAACAAGCCAAACGAUUAAUGCCAAGAACCAGGGCGCAUUUGUUCCGACACGAGCAAGACCUUCUAUGACAGGUCACGCCGGUAAUAAUUAUCAGCCAGCGCCAGACAACCCGUACAUUUCAGCAUCAAGUCCAAACCCUCCUUCUGGUACUCGCGCAUUUGGUAGAAAGGCGUUUGAUCUUGGUACUAGUAUAAUGUGCAAGAUAUGGGAUAGUGCUAAAAAUCUGAACUGGUCAUUUUUAGCACAACCGACUCUUGCCCUUGCGGCCAGUGGCCUUCCUAAGUCAGUACAACCUCUCGUAACAGCAACAGCCAAUAUGUUAGUUCAGAGUUCCUUGCAAAGCGCCACUAGAGCUGGAAGUGUUAAAAGACCUGCGCCGAGAACGUCCCAAGAGAAUGAUUUGUUAAAGCUUCAAAGAAAUAAUGCCCAAAGCCUAGCUAGAGGUUUUAUGGAUCCAAAGAAUCGUGAUGUUAUAGGGACGUUUAUUGACGAAUUUAACAAAUCGACAGGCGGUACUCUUGGAAUAACCGAAUUUAAUGCUAUAGCACAUCAGUUCCUAACUAUGAAUAAUGCCAAAAGUAAUUUAACACAAAAACAAAAGGAUGUUUUUACAGAUCUUAUGAAUAUGAAGAAACUUGAUCCUGUCUCAAUUAACUUGAUAGCUUAUUAUGCAACAGAUGAUGAGAGUGGUCCGUCAGCCAUCACCAAUGACCAAGUGAAGAAUUAUCUUUUGAAACACAACAUAGAUGAAGCUGACAUAGAUGAGGUGACCGAUAUUAUAGCACGUCAUAAUUUAGAAACGGCAGGGGUAUCUGUCUCCCAGGGAAGACUUGCUUUAAACGGUUUGGAAAUAGAUACCAAUACCCAGAAAGUCGUUGCCGAGACCAUGGAUCGAAUAUUCGGAAGCGAUGAUACGUUAAAGACUGCCUUUACUGAGAGUCAGAAGACGUACUUGGCAAAAAUUCUCGCAGAGCUGACUGACCAGAACCACUUGGAUCAUCACAAGUUCUUUACGCAAAUGUUCCCCGCCGAGCCAAAGCAACUCUUUGAUCUCGGCAUGCACGUUAUCGAGAACCUUCAGGUGUACCGCGGGACCGGUAACGGUGAGACGGUCUUUUCAGAACCAAUUAACGGAGACAUGUUCUACCACAUAAGUAGGGAGGCAAUGGGCGAUUCUGCUGAGAACCAUCCAUUUUUCAGUCUUGAGAAUUUCAACAAGGACAUGGCAGUAAUUGUAAUUAGUCUCAACACUUUCAUGCGCGACGCUCACCACGAGUUCUGGGACGGGUUCAGCACGAACCGCGUUGCUGAUCGUCUCUAUGUGGAGUUCAAUAAUGAGGAGUUUGUCAUUCCGGAUCUGUCUAAGAUUCAACCUUGGUUUGAUGAUAUCGGUUACCAGGAUAAUUGUAUCGGCCUAGACUGCAAGGUCUUCACGAUCUACGACAACAUCUACUUCAUCGACCGCGACAACAACCUGAACGUGUCCGACACGCUCCUGCCCCUCCAGGAGGGCCGCAUUCCUGGGUCUGACUGA